GUAUUUUUUUUUUCUUUUAAUACUAAGUUCGGUUAGUAAGAUAAUAUUAAUAUUUCAGCCUAAUAUGCCAUGAGUAAAUUGGGAUCCACAUAAAAAGGUUUAUAUCUCUCUCUCUCCGAAGUGAAAGACCAAUACACUCGCGAGAUUCCAUAAUGGAAAAAUUAGAACCCCCCACUGUCAUUAUGGCCGCCCUCUCCGCCCUCUCUCCGCCUUCUCUCUCCGAUCUCUCCCACUCCAUCUUCUCCGACAUUCACCUCCACCGCCGCCGCCUCACCUUCAUCCUCUCUUCCCCAACCCUCUUCUCCCUCACUCUCCGCCACCUCAAUUCCCUCUCUCUCUCCCACAAAUCUCUCCUCCUUGCCCGCUUCCUCCUCUCCACCCUCCGCCGCCUCUCCUGCCCCUUCCAGUCACAAUCCAAACUCUUCCCGCACCACCCUUCCACCGCCACCAUCUCCCCUCAAGACCUCGACGCCGCCGUCCUCCUCCUCCUCCUCUGCGAGGUUCGGCAGCACAAUCCAGCCGCCCUCCGAACUCCGAUCACCAAAUGGCGUGCGACCCUCUGUAGAAUCUACUCCGAUUCCCUUUUAACGAUCUCCGGAAUCGCCACCGGGGGGGGCGGAGCUUUGAUUCCGUACAUUGAGACGGUUGUGAGGUGUUGGAAAUUCGUGGGGUUUGUUGGGAGUUGCGGAGGGAAGGCCAGGAGAGAGGUGGCGGCGUCGCCUGUGGCGGUGGUGGAACUGCCGUCAGUGGCGGUGGGUGGUGGCGGUGCGUUGGUGGAAUGUGUGAUUUGUAAAGAGGAGAUGGUAGAAGGAAGAGACGCGUGUAAAUUGCCUUGUGACCACUUAUUCCAUUGGCUCUGUAUUUUGCCAUGGCUGAGGAAGAGGAACACGUGUCCCUGUUGCAGGUUUCAGCUUCCCACUGAUGAUAUAUUCGGAGAGAUCCAACGGCUGUGGGAGAUCCUCCUCAAGGUGGGCUCCACGAUGUGUACAUCUGAUGGAGAUUGACGUCCAAGAUUGAGCGGUUUCAUGGA